AUGUGGACCCAUAAUAGAGCUCCCAUCCCAGAACCUGUUCCUACUUCCAGAGUACCUCCAGUCCCGACUAGUCUACCUCGGUCUCCACGGACCAAUAUUAACUGUCCCCCGACUUCUCAGAGGGAUAUUUCUAAUGCAGAAUUCAGACAAUCUAUUCAUAUGCUGAAACAGUUGGUGUCCAAUCAGGAUCAACGAUCAGAAAAUAUUGGGUCUGCAUCUAUUACAUUUGAGGCUACUAAGGCAAAUUCUUCCGUACCACCACCGCCUCAAAAGGGCGCCACUUCAGUUGCCGAAAGCAGUCGCAAUCAACUUGGCCCAACUCGGGUCCAAUUCGGUGACCCAUGUCCGCUACAUAUACCCUUUGUAAGGUUUCCUAUUCCAAACUCUACUUUUCAUUUCCUAACCCUUAGAUCUGUAGCUACGUUGCCACCACAUGCUAACUCCACCUUCAUCACUCUUCUUCUUUGGGUGAUCAAUAUUCUUGAUUUAAUUCUUCCAUUCCGUACUUUAUCAGCUAUCAAGACUGAGCUCUCCGAUGGAUGGUGUAAGAUUGCAACACUCUAUAGGAACAGGUCUCCGGGUGGAUCUGGAAUAAAGUACAAGGGUAUCUUCAAUCCACCACCCCAAAUGUUGGAAGUUCAAGCUCCAGGUUCUAUAAGAUUGAUUCGACCUAGGAUCCUUCCAUUUUGCUGGACCCUUUUUGUUCACUGAAGUAAGGCUAGAUAGCGUUUCACCUUUUAUGCUCUUGUAAAUAUUCUUUGUGAUAAACUGUACGCUAAGCCUUCCCAGCCCCAUCACCAGUUUCAUGGUGAUACUUUUAUAUAUGGAUACUGAUUCUUGUAAGUUUUAUGUAUUCUCCUUCCUAUGAUUUCCAUUGUGUUGAAUAUUUAACAACUGAAGUUUCCUUUAUCUAAUGCUCUGUUAGCUAAAAAAUCAGCUAAUUUAUUUUUU